GAAAUGAAUUAGGGGGGGGGGGGGUUGUGUGACGGUACGGUUGACUUGGGUGCAAGUCCACCAUUGUCACAGUUCCACCAAACCAGCAACGCGGUCCGAGUUCGGAGACGCCUCUGCACCUGCACUUGCUGUUGUUGUUGUUGUUGCAUUGCAAUACCUGCAAUUCUGGGUGCUUUGCUUUUGCAAGAAGGAAAGGAAAUCAAAGCACUGUAGUAGGAUUCUAGGUGGUGUUGGUGGUCGUGGGGUGCUGUUGCUGCUGCUGGUUCACACUGUCGAGGUGAUGCCAUACGCAGCUUAGCUCAACGCUAGAUCGGGAGCUUGCGUCGUUCUUGACGUGCAUGUACCGGGUUUUGCUGGCAGUUGGGUGCGACAAAAAACAACGGAUCCUGCGAUGGAGUGGACACCAAGCACUGGUCUUCAUGGGUCUAAUGCGUACCAAAACCCUAAUUCCAAUCUGUAUCCAUUGGAUCCAGAUUCGGAAGUGUAUCUAAAUCAGACUCCUCCAACAAACCCACCAUGGGCAUUAGGGUCUCAAUUCAGUGCAACCAGCGCUCCUGCAUUGCCUGAUAAGCACGGUCAGGUUGCGCAAUAUCCUCCGCCUCCACAUCAUGGCCACGAAUAUUUUUCUGAAUGUUACAAUAAUAACCUCAGUCCCAGUCAAGGGAGUCCUCAGACAUCCCAUCAUACUGGUCUGCAUCAAAGCUAUCCUCCCAAGCCGUCUGCUCCUCUCUACCCAGAGAGCCCACUGAAAGCAUCUGAUGCAAAUUCUUCAACCGAUUCUUGGCAUGACCAAAAUGGCGGAGUUGGCAGCGCUUCUCCGCAUGCAGGUAAGAAUCCUCCUUCAUCACAAUUUGAAACUUACCCUUAUAUGUAUCCAAUGAAACCCCAUCCGCCCGCUUCUGCAUUCGAUACUUCUGUGCCGAGCAGUUUCACUUAUCCACACCCUACGAACCCUCUUUCAACCUCAUCUGACUCUCCAACCUGCUACCCUCCUCCUGCAAACCCCUCGCUCACACCGCCAUCGUCUCUGACACAUAGCUUGCCGAACAAUUUCUCUUAUCCACACCCUCCAUCUACCUCAUCUGACUCUCCAACCUGCUACCCUCCUCCUGCAGACCCCUCGCUCACACCGCCAUCUUCUCUGACACAUAGCUUGCCUACCAAUUCUUCUUAUACAUAUCCUACAAUCCCUCCUUCAACAUCAUCUGGCUCUCCAACCUCCUACCCUCCUUCUGCAAACUUCUCUACCCUACCGCCACCGCCAAACUGCACUCCCACUGUGCAUGGGAGCCAGCCGCCGUUUCCUCCUAACAUUCAAGGGUACGCACCUUCACCACUAAAUGUGCCCACCGGCGGGCCAGGUGUUUCAUUUAGUGGCAAACCAUCCUCUAGCCAUCCAUUGCUGCAGGGGGAUGAAGAGGAUUUUGUACCUUAUGAAGAGGGUGGGGACCAUCACAGUGAUGACGAGAAGCACAACUCUGGUUAUAACGAAGACGUAGAUUACUCUCACCAAACUUUGGAAAAGUAUGGAGAGAACUUGACUACACGCGCGAAGGAAGGGAGAAUUGACCCAGUCAUCGGGCGAGAUGACGUUGUCAGACAAUGUAUUGAAAUUCUGACCCGGAAAUCGAAGUGUAAUCCCAUCCUCAUUGGACAUCCUGGAGUUGGGAAAACUGCUGUGGUUGAAAGUUUGGCACUCCGGAUCGUGAAAGGAGAUGUUCCUGAUCCUCUUAAAAGAUGCAAGGUCAUAUCUGUGGAAGUCGGAAACAUCGUUGCUGACACGCAGUACCGAGGACAGUUUGAAAAGAAAAUCAAAGAACUAAUAGAUGAGGCAACAGAAGCCAGGCGAACCGUAAUCCUCUUCUUUGACGAGCUUCACCGGAUUAUGGGCGCUGGAAGGACCGAGGAAGACGCUACGGAUGCUUCGCAAUCAUUGAAGCCUGCCCUCGCUCGCGGAGAUUUCCUGUGCAUCGGAGCCACAACAUAUGACGAAUACACCAAGUAUAUCGAGAAGGACCAAGCUUUAGCAAGACGAUUUCAGAAAGUGGUUGUCGAUCCACCGUCCGCCUCGGAAGCAAUUUCCAUUCUCCGAGGGCUUAAGACACAUUUUGAAUCACAUCAUGGGAUAUCUAUCGCCGACGCUGCCUUGAUUGAGGCCGUUAAGCUAUCGGAGCGUUACAUACCUGAUCGUUUUCUUCCAGAUAAAGCCAUUGAUUUGGUAGACGAAGCCGCGGCCAAAGUUAAGAUGGGGAUCAUCUCAAAGCCAACAAAGCUAGACGAGAUCGAGCGCGCAAUUGUCCAACUGGACAUGGAUCGGCUUUCUGUGUCAGCAGCAACAAGCCCAUCCUCGCAAGAUCGUCUCCGUCAAAUUCUGUCAGAUUUAGAGGGUUUGCGAGCACAAGAAGCAAAUCUGACCCGGAAGUGGAGAAAGGAGAAGGCAAUGGCAAUUCGAAUCAAUUCCCUCAAAGAGAAGAUUACAGAAAAGAAGACCCGUGACAGUACCCCAGCCUCUGUCUCAGAGGAGAAGAGUGGUGGCGAUGAUGUCGAAGAACACACCGACGUUCUUUGCGACUCUUGUCAAGCAACUCCCAUUAUUGGACCCCGUUUCACUCAUCACACUCAGGACGUCGAUUUUUGUCUUAAAUGUUUUUCCAUUCUGCACAUAAUCGGCAAGGUCGGUGAAUUCACUGCAAGCGACUUCAAGCUGGUGGAACCACCUCGGCUGACGUGUGAUGGUUGUUUGAUUAACCCCAUCAGUGGAGAUUAUUACAGACACAUGAAAUACCUGAAUAACAUACUAUGUCAGCGGUGCUGGUAUAAAUUAGGUUACAGCGAGCAACAGCUCUAUGCUGUAAUGCAUAACAAUCUGAAGGUAUCGAAGAGCGAGCAAAAAAAUGCCGAAGGCAACGCUAGUUUAGAGGACCUCGAGGCACAACUUAAAGCUGCUGAGAAUGAAUGGAAUGAAUAUCAGAAACAUUAUAAGCCUCUGAUUCGUGUAAUGGUCACUACCGAUGAAAUUUUGGAAGUUGUGAGUUCUCGAACUGGUAUUCCGGUUACAAAAAUGCGAGCAUCUCAGACCCAUCAGCUUCUGCAGCUGGACAAGGAGCUGCACAAACGGGUCAUUGGACAAGACGAAGCUUGCAAUUCAAUCGCCAGAGCUAUUCAGAGGUCACGAGCGGGGCUUUCAGAUCCGAAGCGUCCCAUUGCUAGUCUCAUGUUUAUGGGUCCGACAGGGGUUGGAAAGACAGAAUUGGCCAAGGCGUUAGCAUCUCAUUUGUUCAAUUCCGAGGAUGCUAUGGUCCGGAUUGACAUGAGCGAAUACGGGGAAAAAGCUAGCAUGUCAAGGUUGACGGGUGCCGCGCCAGGGCUACUGGGAUAUGGCGAUGGGGGCCAAUUGACCACACCCGUGCGUCGAAAGCCUUUCUCAGUAGUGCUUUUCGAUGAGAUAGAGAAAGCUCACAACGACAUCUUCAACAUCUUUCUCCAAAUUCUGGACGACGGAAGACUCACAGAUUCAGAAGGCCGAGUCGUCAACUUCACCAACACAGUCAUAAUAAUGACGUCCAACGUCGGAGCUGAAAGGAUCACGGAAGUGACAACGAACACUAACGCAUACGGUUCCAAAGAAGAGGCCUACCAGGUCAUGAAGUCGCACGUCAUGGAAUGUGCGCGAGAGAGAUACCGCCCGGAAUUCAUCAACCGGAUUGACGAAUUCAUCGUGUUCCAGCCCCUCAGCCUUCAACAGAUCUGUGAGAUCGUCAAACUCCAGCUGGAUAGAGUCAGUAAGCGAUUGCAAGACCGCCUCAUCAACCUGAGGGUCACCGACAGCGCGGUGCAGCUUCUGUCACAAAUGGGGUAUGAUCCACGAUACGGCGCUCGACCUGUGAAACGAGCCAUCCAACAAAACAUCGAGGAUCCGCUCGCGCAAGGCAUUCUGAGGGGAGAGUACACAGACGGAAGCACAAUCGUGGUGGACACCGAGUUCAGAUCACUGCAUCCUUCACAAACACCAGAGCCGAGGCUGACAUUCCAGAAGGCGUCAUGGUGAAUUCGGCAUCUCCUGCUGCUGCUACCUCAACCCGUCCUGGUCUGGUCCAGAUCUCCACAACGGCAGGAGAUUGCAUUGUGGAUUUUUAACUGCUCCAGAGCCAGAACCUGUGCAAAUUGUUCUUUACUUUCCAGUUCUUUCGGUGCCGCAUCUUGAUCACAUUGGGCCUCAAGUUUGCAUCUUUCCUGCGAGGUUUGGUGUGGUUGCUCUUGUUUACGAGAACCCAUAAUUUAGAUUCAUUAGGAUUGUUCGUGGUUUUUAGAUAUAGCUCUCGUAGAAUGUUUUCCAUUCUCUUUGCAGGGGCCACACAACCUUUGGUUCAGAUUCAGUAUAUGAAAGCUUCUAGUAAUCGAUUUUUUUAAAAAUGAUUAUUAUUAUUUUUUUGUUUUUGGUACAUUUUCUUUCCACUUUGUAAACAGAGAUUGAAUCCAACAUGUCAGUAUGAUGUUCCUAACG